CCCGCCGAGGCCUAGUCUGGCCCGCCGCCGCCGCCGCUCGGCCGAUGCGCCCGGAGCCAUGGACAAGAUCCUGGAGGGGCUGGUGAGCUCCUCGCACCCGCUGCCGCUGAAGCGGGUGAUCGUGCGGCGCGUGGUGGAGUCGGCGGAGACGCCGCUGAGCCAGGCGCAGUGCCGCGCCAUGUUCGCGCUCGGCACCCGGCUGGUGUUGCAGGGUCCCGACCCGUUCCAGCGGCAGGUGGGCCGGCAGGUGCUGGACGCCUACGGCCGCUUUCACCGCGCCGAGUUCGAGGCAUUCUUCAACCGCGGGCUCGUUCUCGGCCUCCUGCAGCGCGGCUACGGCGAGCUGAGCAACCGCGACCCCGCCAUCCUCGACUACAUCCAGGCGGGCCUGCGGCUCAUCAUGAGCUGCCCCUCGGUGCUGGAGCUCUUCGAGCUGCUGCAAGUGGAGGCGCUGCGCUUGGUGUGCGAGCGGCCGGCGCCGCCGCUCUGCGCCCGCCUCUGCCAGCUGCUGGGCGACUUCCCGCAGUGCCUGCCCCGCGGCAGGAAGCUCUCGCUCGCCUUCUGCCAGCAGCUGGUGCGCAGCAUCGCCCACUUCCAGAGCCAGGGCACCCGCGAGGCCGAGCUGCGCCUCUACGUCUCGCAGGUGACCCAGGUCAGCGCGCUGCUCAGGAGCGUCUGGAAGGCCGAGCCCGACACGCUGCUGCCCUCCCUGCAGGAACUCUUCGCUGUCAUCUCUGCCACGGAUACUUCGUUUGAGCCUUCUGUUGCACUGGCAAGUCUUGUGCAGCACAUACCAUUGCAGAUGAUUACAGUACUCAUCAGGAGCCUUACUACAGAUCCUAAUGUGAAAGAUGCAAGUAUGACUCAAGCUCUGUGCAGAAUGAUUGACUGGCUGUCCUGGCCUCUGGCUCAGCACGUGGAAACAUGGGUGAUUGCACUGCUGAAAGGAUUGGCUGCAGUCCAGAAAUUUACCAUCCUCAUUGAUGUCACUCUGCUUAAGAUUGAAUUGGUCUUUAAUCGACUUUGGUUUCCUCUAGUGAGGCCUGGUGCCCUUGCUGUUCUUUCCCACAUGUUACUUAGUUUCCAGCAUUCUCCAGAAGCUUUUCAUUUGAUUGUCCCACACGUGGUCAGUUUGGUUCACUCCUUCAAAAGAGAUGGCUUGCCUUCCAGUACAGCCUUUUUGAUGCAGUUGACUGAGUUGAUACACUGUAUGAUGUAUCAUUAUUCAGGUUUUCCAGAGCUCUAUGAACCCAUUCUGGAAGCUAUUAAGGAUAUGCCCAAACCCGCUGAAGAGAAGAUUAAAUUGAUCCUCAGUCAGAGUGCCUGGACUUCUCAAUACAGUUCUUUGCCAUCUUGUUUAUCUAGACUUUCUGGAAAAUCUGAAACUGGGAAGACAGGCCUAAUAAAUCUAGGAAAUACUUGCUACAUGAACAGUGUUAUUCAGGCACUUUUUAUGGCUACAGAUUUCAGAAGACAUGUUUUAUCUCUGAAUCUAAAUGGCUGUAAUUCCCUAAUGAGAAAAUUACAGCAUCUUUUUGCAUUUUUGGCCCAUACCCAGAGAGAGGCUUAUGCUCCUAGAAUUUUCUUUGAAGCUUCCAGACCACCAUGGUUCACUCCUCGAUCCCAGCAGGAUUGUUCAGAAUAUCUCAGAUUCCUGCUAGACAGGUUGCAUGAAGAAGAGAGAACUUUGAAAGCGUUGUCUUCAGCCAAGAGUUCUGAAAGUAUUAUGACUGACAAAUCCCAGGCACAAGAAACUGCCCAUAAAACACAAGUGUAUAGUGAAGUACCUUGUAUGGGAAGUGAAGAAAGAACUCUGAUAGAGAAGAUGUUUGGAGGAAAAUUGAAGACUAACGUGUGCUGUUUGAACUGCAAAAGUAUGUCUCAAAAGGAAGAAGCUUUCACAGAUCUCUCUUUGGCUUUCUGUCCCCCAACUUCCUUGGAAAAAGUUGACCCAAAAUGCAUAGAACAUUCUGAAGUGAAAGAUGACUACAUGGUGCAAACUAAUACUUCAGCAACCAGUCGUGCUGCAGAAACAUGUCUCAGUAAUUUGGAAGUAAAUCAUGGAUGUGACACAAUAAUGAAUGAAGGAACCAUAGGAGAUUUUACUAGUGAGCCAAGCUCUGAGAAUACCACAAUUUCUGAACUCAAAGUUGAAAAUAACGGGGAUAUGUCUCAGAGUCUAGUAGGUAAAAAUACCCUGUCAGUUACAGACUUACUCAAUUAUUUUCUGGCACCUGAGAUCCUUAGUGGAGACAACAAAUAUUAUUGUGAAAAGUGUGCCUCUCUACAGAAUGCUGAAAAAACUAUGCAGAUCAUUGAGGAACCUGAAUACCUCAUCCUCACUCUUUUGAGAUUUUCAUAUGAUCCAAAGUGUCACAUAAGGCGCAAAAUCUUGGACAAUGUUUCUCUACCACUUAUAUUGGAACUGCCAGUGAAAAGAGCAACAUCCCCUUUAGCUGUUGUUUCAGGAGGCUGGUCUGUUGGUGUGGAGGUUUCUGAUACUGGAGAAAACCUUGCUAAAAAACUGAAGCCCUCUGGUGCUGAUGAAGUGGCCUGCCCACAACUGGUGCCCUAUGUGUUGAGCUCUGUGGUGGUGCAUUCUGGUGUAUCCUCUGAAAGUGGACAUUAUUAUUCAUAUGCUAGAAAUGUUACUGGGUCAGGGCCUUCAGGGCUCUGCCACCAGUCUACAGCUCUUUCUUUAGUAUCUCCUCAGGAUAAGUUGUUUACAGAGGAUAGUCCUUGUACUGUUGUAGAAAAUGAUCUGGACACUGAGAUGCCAAGAGAAUGGUUUCUGUUCAAUGACAGCAGAGUGACAUUUACCUCAUUUCAGUCAGUCCAGAAAAUCACCAGUAGAUUUCCAAAGGACACUGCUUAUGUUCUGUUUUACAAAAAGCAGAACAGCACCUGUGGCUUCAACACCAAUCCAGCAAAUGGCCUCUGGGUAAAUGGAGACCCUCCUCUACAAAAAGACCUCAUGGAUGCAAUUACGAAAGAUAACAAACUAUACUUGCAGGAGCAAGAGCUUAGUGCUCGAACACAAGCACUUCAAGCUGCCUCAGCCUCUUGCUCUUUCCGACCCAAUGGAUUUGAUGACAAUGAUCCCCCGGGAAGUUGUGGGCCGACAGGUGGAGGAGGAGGGGGUGGGUUCAGUACCGUCGGUAGAUUGGUCUUUUGACUGUGAAGAAAAUCUGGAAUACACUGGUUCCAAAGCAGCCUAGUACUGCUGAGGACAAAUAAAAUACUGAACUCUUCAGAGUUGUACCAGGCUUUGAGACUUGAUACUUGGCCAAAAGCAAAUAUUAGUGGUUUUUUGGUUAUGUUUUAUUUGAAAUAAAUAAGCGCAUAAUGGAAAAAACCUACCUCUUAAAAGUUCAGUUGCUUUCAUAGUAAGAUAUGCUUGCCCAAAAAAACAGAAAAUAAGAAUUUUUUUUUAAGUACAUGCUAAUGACAUUGCAUUAAACUGAACAAAAUGCACUUACAUCAGUUUCUGUUUCCUCAUCCACUGAAUGAAGAAAGUUCAUUUUUUACUCUGAUGGUGUUGCUUUAUGUAGAAAGCCUUUUUCAGAUGGGCUAAACUGCAUCUGUAGUCUUACACCUACUGCUUUUUUCAAGUACAAUACCUGUGUGGAUUUUCAGAGAUGAUGCCAUUUGUAAUGAAGGCAAUAACUUAAAUGUGAUAUGAUACAGUACUUUCCAGGUUAAAAAUUAUUCAGUCCAUUUCCAGUGUAACUGAAAAUAAAAACAAACAUAAAUAUUUGCUAACUUGUUAUCCAAAAAAAGUGCAUGCUGUGUAGGAGCAAUGUUUUUAAAUAGAAAUUGUUAACUCAGUAGCAUUUCUGAUUGUUUUGAGGAUUUAAAAAUUGUUUCAGGGAUUAUAUCUGCUGAGUAUUGGAAAGGAAGAGAUUCUGUAUGUGCCUUGCAGUACUAUAACUUAAACUCUCUGAGGCUGCAGAAGAUGAGAAAAAUGUCUUAGUAGUCAAUUUUUUUUGUGUUAGAAAUCAUGACAUUUAUAGAAAGCUUUUAGGUUCCCAGAAGUUAAAAUCUGUAAGUUUGAAAUGCAGUAAGUGUUGCCCUUCAUUUUUUUUUCAUUAAAAAAUGCACAUACAUACCUGUUGCUGUCGAGGCAGGAUGGGAAUGAAGGGACUCUGACUCAGAAGGCUGUGAGAGUAAAACUCUGGUUUAUUCAGAAUACACCGCUCUUUUAUACAGAGCUUCGUGAGGACCAAAUCCAUUGGUCCUGAAGUGAAAACAACCUACACCAUUGGUGCAAAGUGCUUGACACACAAUGAUAAAAUUUCACUAUAAACAAUGUGAAAAACAAGAGAGAUAAAGAAUUAUUUACAUUCUUCUCCAGCUCUUUCCCAGGUUUCUGCCUGGCUAGAAACUCUCAGUUUCUUUCUUUGACUGAAUCUGAGUCCCACACAUACCUAGCAAUCUAUAACUUUUAUGGCCUGUACUGCUGGGAAAAAAAUGACCUCCGUCAUAAAAACGGAGCUAUGUUUGUGAAGUCACAGAAGAUAUUCCUCUAUUGGUCUUUGCUGAGGAUCUUUGCUUAUAGGAGUCUUUUGAAGUUUUGCCUUUGGUUUUUUGCUGGUAGUGAGAACUUUUUGGUGAGUUCAGGAUUUUUUUUUUUUUUCCAGUCUGCAGAAGCCCAAAAUUAUUCUGCCUAAGGAGCAGUGUUUGAUUGGCCAUUAGGCCAGCAGAGGUUGAGGAUACACUCCUUUGAGUAUUGGCAGAAAUAGCAACUUUGAUUUUGAUGUGCAAUGAGGAUAACAGAAGUAAAGGACUUAGACUGUUGAACCCAGUGAUUAAUUCUUGAGUAAUCUUAGAGGGAAGUGUAAAUUUAUUUAAUGUAUCUUUAAAUACAAAAUUCUGCAAUGUUUUUGCUGUGUUUUUAUAGUCUGUUGGGUGACAAAGCGUGUCCUUAAAAAGCAUGCAGACCUGGCAGGUUUUAGCUUAACUGUAUAAAAAUAAGCAAAUUUCUUAGAAAAUGCUUUAAAAAAAGCAUAAGAUUUAUUGAGAGAAGUAAGUAUUGUUCAUAUGAUUCUAAAUAUAUGGAGUUUAGUCUCAAAGGUAAUUUAUCUUGCAAGCUAUUUUUAUAUUAUCACUAAAACAAUGUAACUUACUAUGGAUUCGGAUGUUAUACUCAAGAAAGCUAGAGCAGCUCACUUUGAUUUUUUUCCCCUUUUUUUUUCUUUUUUUACUACUUUCUAAGCUUUCUUGUGAUAGUUUGUGAUACCUUGGCUUUAGCCUACUCUUUCCAUUGCUAUCUCAGUGGUAGAUUUCUGAACCAAAGGUUCAGCGACAGAAACACGGAAUGUUUUGAGACUGCCAUGAGGAACAUCCUCAUUUCAUUGAACUUGGGUGAGGUUUUUUUUGAAGGUUCACUUUGCUUUGAAAUUCUGUAACUUUUAGUUUAAGAAGGUUUUUUAUUUCCUUUUUCUUCUCUGCCAGUUUGCUUUGGUUUGAAAAUGUUCUAUAAGACAGGUUAAUUUGGCUUUUCUCUCCCAGAUUGAGGACACACUAAAAAGCUGUCUACUCAUUGCAUUACCUUGGGAAUAUUUUGUCUCUCUGUGUCAGUUUACUGUUCAUUUUUAAACUACUAGUAAGUAGAAGCAGAGGCAAGUGGUUUUACUCUAUAUGAAAUCAUAAUUUUGUGAAGGUCAGUUCUGGUUUUAUGUUCUCACAGUGAAAAUACAAAUUAUGCAGCAUACCUAAAAAUAAUAAGCAGUAUGUCUUUUGUAUACCUGUUGAACUAUAUUUCAUGAGCUCUUAGAAUGCUUUCUACUCCCUUUUUGCCUAUUCUAAAUUAGGUGUUAAAUAUGGGAAAUUUACAUGUGAAUAAUGCCAAUCAGGUUGGAUCUGCUUAGCUGCAAAAUGAUGGAUGUCUGAAACUGCAAAUAACUUAUUUCUUUCACCUUGUUGACUUCUGUCAAUGCAUUUGCUUGGGGUUUUACAAGUAGAUAUUAAAAUUCAGGAUACCCUUUCGUUAAGUCUGCUUGGUGACUUGAAAGCUGUAAAGCUGUCCUAGACUGGAGAGUCAUAGAUAACCAACUUGGAAGGUUUCAGUAAACCUAGCGGAAGUGAAGAAUUAUUUCAUGCUUUGAAAUGUGCACCUUUUUUAUUUCUUACAGUAAUAGUGUUGCAUGCUACUAUCUUCUGGACAUGAGAGAAAAAUUGUACAUAUGGUACUUUGAUUUCUAUUUCUUGUCAAUGAAUGCUGGAUGGUUUAUUUAUUUACCUUUUUGGUUCCAGUCUUAAUAAGUUUAUUGAGUUGAAUCCACAGAAAGAUACACAAUACAUAAGACCUUUUCAGAAGUUUUGGGAUUUUUGUAGCUUACUUUCAUGAAAGAGACACAGUUGUACCACUCAAGGGUGGUAUGUCUUAAAAUCCUAUUUGCUUCUACCAAGACAGACUGUGAUUUGUAUGGUCACUCAAAUUGUAUUAACUUUCUUUUGUGCUGUUAAUUUUGUACUUUUUUUCAUGUGGAGCAUCACAAUGGAUUACUGUGAACAGUCUCCCCUGUAAAAAGUGAUUACAAUGUCUGUGAGCCCAUUUAUACAGGAUGAGGAGAGAAGAGGCUUCUUUGAAUGACUGAAUAAAUCGCACUUUCUGGCUAGCUUUUUUUCUUUUUUUUUUCUGUGUUCCCUUCUCUGGAAAGUUAAAAUAUUUUAUCUUCUCUCUGCUCUGGAAGUUUAAUUUCAUGGGUAAGCCUUAAAUUAUUAUUUUUUUUUAAUCUGUAGCAUUAAGUUUGUUCAUUGAGUCAGAAUACUUUUUGUACAAGUGACAGGCAAAAGCUCUGGGAGCUGUGAGUGUUGAAACAAAAUCAAGUGGAUAUAAAUUUUCUGUAAAUAAAAUUUAGAUUAGAAGCAAAGUUCCUAAUUCUUGAACAGCCUUCUGGGCAGAGCCUUGCUUUGAAGGAAGAGUGAAGUAUAUCUAUGAAAGAAACAAAAUGCAAAGUGGUGUCUGAUUAGUAGGCAACUAAACCUGAUAAACCAGAGGUCCCUUCCUAGAGUUUUGCUCUUUUGUUGGGUUUCCUGUCUUGCCUCAUUGCAAGUAUUGUUUUUAAGGCUCAAAGAUUUGAGGGUAAAUAAAGAAAAUAUCGAACUGUGACAUAACAACAAAAGUUAACUGCUCAGUUUGGGGUGGUGUUGGUCUCUGAUAUAGGAGAAUGAAGCAUAAAAAUUACCAAAUCAUGGCAAGUGGAAUCUUGGAGGAGUUGUGAUCUAAAGAAAUGUGCUCAGUUUCUAACACAAGGGUGAUUUCCCUGGGUAACAACCUACAAUGAGAUGUAAUGAGUUGUGUCUCUUGGUAUCUUCAGUAGGAUGUAAUCAAAUGGAAAUUAUUGGGUAUUUUCAAAGGUGAGCAAAUGAUCUAUGAUUUAAAUGAGAUCGGAAUAGACAAUUUUGAUGGCUUUCAUGUUCCCUGUAGCCAGUCAUCAUAGGUCUUCCUAAAUCUGAAUUCAGAGCUAUGAAUAAUAUGCUGUUAAAUCACAGAGCUGUGGGGUCAAAUGUGAGAGAACCAAGAAUUGUGUGGUGCUGGCUGGCUUGUGUCUGACACAAGCUCUGCCUGUGGAGUGUAGUGUGGCACUGCCUCAUCACACAAGGUUUGGUGUUACAAUGCACACACACAUCCCCCAGUUCACUGGGAAUCUACUUUUGCUUGAAUUAAAGCACCCAAAUCAAAGGCACAACAACCAAAACCCAGAGUGAAGCACGCAUGAAUGUUUUUUACUACAAUAUGUACUCUCCUUAUUUAAAAUGGAAUAUCUUCUUAAUCUGCAGGAUUCUAGAUAGGAAUGUGGAUUCAAGAUACAUAUUUCUUGUUCUUUUUUUUUUUUUUUUCCAGUGCAGAUAAUAUUUUUAGGAAUCUGGUGUAAAAGUGCUUUAAUAGACAUGUCAAAAGAGACAACACUGGGUGGUUCCUCAUGAAGUUGCUGUGGGAAAGAGGGGCAGCAGGUGGUGAAGGAGAAGAGCUGGUACUGAACUGAAAUGGGACAAAUGGAAAAGGGUCAACAUGGCUCUAUUCUGAUUUAAAAGUUUCAUGUGUUUUAAUUUCACUGUUGUAACUUUAUUCCACCAAAGGAUACUUUGUCAACAAUGCCUUGUGUGAUCUGAGCCUGAUCCUUCAGAAGUUUCCACUGUAUCAUUAUAUCCAUUAUAUUUUGAAGGAGAAAUAUCUCAGUAGGCAUAUUGAAAAUAUGCUGCUGAGGAGUAUAUUUCAGGUUGAUGUUAAAAAAUUGAAUUCAGCAACAGGAUAGAUGAUUGUGCAAGCAGCUAUAGUAUCAUAGCAUCCUCGAGGCCAGUGGUCUCCAAACUUUCUGAUUGCACACUCAUAUCACUAAAAACUUACAUGUGCACCCACUAUGUAUAUUUAUUAAUUUAUAAGUAAUAUAUGUACUACUAUACUAAUUUAUUAUGUACAUACACAGGAGUAGAAAUUUUAAAAGUAUGAGAGAAAAGUGAAAUAAAGACUAUUUUUAAAUUAUUUAAAAUUUCAUUUUUUAAUUUUGCAAAAUAUACUUUUUUCUUGCAUCCAAAUGGAUUGUCUUGGGGUGCAUGAACCUCACUUUGGAGACCACUUCUUUAGGGUGUAGUCUUGGAAAGAGUUUUAACUUGAUGGGAACAGUUAUCAAAACUGACCAGUUUAUAAUGACAGUUUUCUUUACUUUGUGAAUGUAGACUGUUGUCCUUAACAUUGUGCUGCAUGACUCUUGUGUUGGAGCUCUGUUUAUUCAGAGUUCUUAAGAAUUUGGUCCAAGGGCUGUGAACUGUUUUGCUGUUUGUUUUCCUACAGUGUACAUUAAAUGACAAAACAGGAGGUGUCAGCCUUAAGUGGUUUGCAGAAAUGCAAAGCCAUUUGAGUUUGGAGGGGAGGGCAUAUCCCCUGUCAAACACAGGGAUGUGUUAGUACUUGGCUUUAAAGGUUAGUACAAUUUUUCAACUGACUUGCCCUUUCUCAAAUGUUCACUAAAGAAAUGCAAUAUUUAGUGCUCAGAAUAAAGUAAUUAAUUUUCUUCCUGUAUCCUUCCUGGUGUUUAUUUUACUGAACUACAGUUGAAACUAUAUUUGCUGUAUGCCUGUGCUUUAAUCUUGUAAACUGGCAUAAAUUUUUAAUAGUAUUUAAUAUCAGUUUUUAAAAAUUGAUGGGUCAAAAUUACUGUACAUGUGUUGGGAUACAUAAAGAAGUCAAAAUAUACAUCUUUUAAAUGCCUCAAAAGGUGUGUCAAAGUAUGUAAGUUUUCAUGUGUUUGACUGGAGAGGCAAGAUAGAUGUUCUAGUAAAAUAUGACAAUGGUGAUUCGGAUUUUUUUAAAUUAUCUAUUUUACCUGUAAAUCUCAGCCUGAACGAUCUCAUACAAAAACAUGGAAAAUAAGUCAUGUGAGAACUCUUGAUGGUCCAGCUGUAUCUGGAGAACAAAAUAGCUGGAUUUCCUGUGUAUUUACAAUGCAGUCAUAUGAUUUGAGUUGUCUUCUCAACUGGUGAUACUUCAACCUUCAGAGAAGAUGAAAUGACUUCAACUUGUUGAAAUAAUAAAGGACAUCAUAGUUGGUAAAAAUGCAGCCUUUCUCAAUGAAGUUACGGCAGAGAAACAUUCAGGCCUCCUGUAAAUAAAGACAUGAUUCUCAAAA